GUGGAGGACAGGCAGCGGAGCGCCGGACACCACCCGCUGCUACAGGAGGAGGAACCCCGGGGGUCCCCGCCGGAUGAGAAGAUGAACUGGGGCUUCUUGGAGAACAUCCUCAGCGGGGUGAACAAGUACUCCACGGUGAUCGGGCGCAUCUGGCUCUCCGUGGUCUUCCUCUUCCGGAUCCUGGUGUACGUGGCGGCGGCCGAGCACGUGUGGAAGGACGACCAGAAGGACUUCGUGUGCAACACCCGGCAGCCCGGCUGCGAGAACGCCUGCUACGACCACUUCUUCCCCAUCUCGCAGGCGCGCCUGUGGGCGCUGCAGCUCAUCGCCGUGUCCACGCCGUCCCUGCUGGUGGCGCUGCACGUGGCCUACCGGGAGCACCGCGAGGCCAAGCACCACCGCCGGCUGUACCGGGACAAAGGCAGCCUGGACGGCGGGCUGUUCGCCACCUACGUGCUCAGCCUGCUGUUCAAGGUGAGCUUCGAGGCCGCCUCCCUGCUGGCCUUCUACUACGUGUACGGCGGCUUCGCGGUGCCCACGCGCCUGCGCUGCAGCCAGAGCCCGUGCCCCAACACGGAGGACUGCUUCAUCGCCAGGGCCACGGAGAAGAAGGUCUUCCUCUACAUCAUGGGCGCCACCUCCCUGCUGUGCAUCGCCCUCAACCUGGCGGAGCUGGCCUACAUCGUGUGGAAGCACCUGUGGAAGUGCUUCGCGCGGCGGUACGUGCCCGCGGCGGCGGGGGGCCGGGCGCGCGCGCGCGGGUCCACCGCCGACGGGUUCGUGUCCGCGGAGCCCGGGAUGGAGCCAGAGGUGGAGCCAGAGGUGGAGGAGAGGAGCGCGCAGCUCCCCCCCCCCCACCCCGCCCCGUGAGAACCACGCCGUCCGGUCCUAAAGGACAUCUGUGCUGUAAAGACGAACAGACUAAUCAUAGAUAUUAUUUAAGAGACCAAAGCUUUUCAACUCCCUGUAAAGUAUAAACCACCAUAACCAGGCGGAAGUCCUUCUUCCAAUAUUACACAUUUUAUUCCUCAUUUAAACGUGCUGUGGCUCUGGAGGGAACUUCAUAAUUCAUCAUAAUUCAUCAUCUGGAGCUACGAGGCAGGGAGGAAGAGGUCAUCGAAGUUGCAUUGUGGGAAAUGUAGGAUCCAGUGUUUGUGGACCUGAAUAAUGACUUUUAAUAAUUUGUCACCACACCAACUAAAACCCAUUUAAUCCAUCUCAAUUAGUUUUUUGUGCAUCACAAAAGCUUUGACCCGUUAUGAAUGAUGUCAUGAUCAUUAUUACACACAC